AUGGACUUCUCAGUGAUUACUAUUGGACAAGUACAAAAUGUGCUUGCAGCGAUGCAGAAGAACUUGGAGUGCCCAAUAUGCCUGGAUGUGGUGCAAGAGCCUGUUUCAACAAAAUGUGAUCACAUAUUCUGCAGAUUCUGCAUGUUCAAACUUAUCAACAAAAAGAAGAAAGGUGUGGUGGAGUGUCCUCUGUGUAAGACUGAAGUUACCAAGAGAAGUCUGAAAGAAAAUUCCAGAUUUAAGCAACUCAUUGAAGGACUGUUGGAAACUAUCCAUGCUUUUGAGCUUGACACUGGAGUGAAGUUUUUAAAGAGUCAUCACUUUCCUAAAACAUCCACGGAAGCCACUGCUGCUGAGUCCCUGUGUAAAGAAACUUCUGUCAUCCAAAGCAAGGGCUUCAGAAACAGGAGGAAAAGUGCUAAAGGAAAUGGACAAGAAAACUUCACCUUGCAGGAGGCUAGUGUGAAUAUUCAGCUUACAGAUGCCAAAAUGUGUCACCCAAGAAGCAAAACCCAGAAAUCUGGUUCUCAAAAGGGUACUUACAUAGAGUUUGGCUCUGAAUCAUCUGAAGAGUUUUUUAAACAGGCAACCAAAACUGGGUUUGAAGACAAAGGAGCUGUUCAGAUUUCUUCUCAAGCAAGGCUGGAAGAACUUGAGAGUGCUGAGAAAGGGAAUGAAAAUUCUUGUAGUGCACAGCCUGACAAGCUGGGUGCCAAAGAAAUAACACUGCCAGAUAUCACAGGUGAAGGGGAUUUCUCCAAGGAAUGUUUGAGCAAGAAGAGCACUCAGAGCAUCACUGAAUGUGCCAAACCUGACCAAGUGAAUGUGACUGGAUGCCAGAGCUCUCCUUUGGAUGUUCUUGCUGUGGAGCUGCUCCCAGAGCAGUGUGACAGAGCAGGGGAUGCCAGUCCCACCCUGAAUGGGGACACAGCAUUCUCCAAGGACACAGAAGAAAUGGAGGAACAGCAAAGCCAGCACAACAGUGAACACCAAGAGUCAGAUUUAGAUGAUGGCUCAGAGAACAGGCUGGAUAAAAGUAGGGAAAUGGAUACUGAUGCACAAAGUGUGGAAGCUGCAGAGGGAUAUGAGCCUGAGAAUGAAUCUUCCCAGGACAAAGAACUUCCUCAGGCAGAGCCCCCUCACUCUGCCACCCUGAAUAAAGUCUCCAAGAAGAGACUGAAGCAGAGCAUUCAGAAAGUCAACGAAUGGUUUUCCAAAAGCAAUGAGAUUCUGUCUUCUGGUUCUUCAGUGGAUGAAUCUGCUGCAUCAGCUGAUGUCUCAGGUGAAGGAGAUCUGUGUUUAUCAGAUAAAGAGUCCUGUAUUUCAGGAAGGACUGACCCUAUGGCAGAUUCCAUGGGAGCUGCAGCAGUGGAAGGAAAAAAGAGGUGGUCAAAACAAACAGCAGAAGACAUUAAAGACAAAAUAUUUGGCAAAACAUACAAGAGAGGGAGGAAGUCAAACCCCCCUUCUACCUUGAGAGACAUUUUGCCUGCUAGACAAAAGGAAGAUGUGGCUGCUGCUCAGUGCCUGAAGGAUUCCAGCAAAGACAGACUCAAACGAAAGAGGAAGAGUGCCUGCCUGCAACCUGAGGAUUUCAUCAAGAAAAAAGACACAGAAAAGGGAGAUGGGGGCCCUCAAAGUGUUAAUGGGGGCCUUGGAGAGGCUGAAGAGAAAAGCUGUGAUGAGACUGUUGCUGUUAAUGAGAGUCACCUCUCUCAGAAUAGAGCAAAUAAUACAUCAACAGAGCCUGAGGAGGGAGGAGAGUCCACAUGGAAGAAAGCUGCUGAGAAGGUCCCUGCCAAGCACUGUGAUGGGGAACCAGAAAUGUAUAACUGUGACCAGAAAAGCACCAAAAAGAGAAAUUCUGCAGCAAAAAGAUGCAGGCAUUCUAGCAGAACCAUGUGUGCUCUGCAGUUGGUGGUGGACAGAGACUCUGAUUUCCCUGACCCAGCUGAGCCACAGAUUGACAGCUACCCCAGCAGUGGAGAGCCCAGGAAAGCUGAGCCUGAGCAAAACCCAGUGAGGCGCAGCAGGAGGCUUCAGUUACUCUCUGAGGAAAUGACAAAAGAAACAAGAAAAAGAGUAAAAAAGAGUAAAAAGAGAAAUAGCAGUGAUCAUGGAAGGUCUGUCUCUGGAGAGCAGAGGAGUGUGGCAGCUCACUCUGCUGAGUGCAAAGAGCUGAGUGAGCCUCAGGAUGAGUUGAGUUCCAGGCCAGUCACUCAUUUGGAGGGAGGUGAUCUGCAAGCAAAUGAAGUGCAGGUUAAUCUAAAGAAUUUAUCUGACACUGCAGAAACUGGAAAGAGUCUGUUCAGUCCUUCAUGUCUGCCUUCAAACUGUGGUUCCACUGUGCCCGAUACAGGUUCUCAAGACAGUAGAAUACUUGGUAGCCCCCUCCUCCUACAAGUUCCUUCAGUGUGUGCUGGGCAAACUGCUUCUCCCCAGACUGAGGAGGUGACUGAAUCACCUCCUGCUUCUCCUCCACAAUGUGGGCACGAUUCACAAAAUGCUCCAGGGGAUUUCAAAGCUGAGAAGUUGCCAAUGGCUAAAAAUGUUUUGGAAUUGAGUAAGGAAGCUGAAGACAGUGACCUGGACACACAAUAUCUGAGGAACAUAUUCAGGCAUUCCAAGCGCUCCUCCUUCUGCCUUUUUCAGACUCGUGCCGUGGCAGAUCCUCCUUCUGAAACCUUCAAUCUAUCAUGUGCUGCUCAGGGAGAAAAUAAAGCUAGCAAACAAUUACAACCAGAAAGCUUGCAAGAGGAGAAAGCUGAUCAAAACUUGAGCAGGGUUUCUGAGAAAGAUGAAGAGAAAGAGAAGUUUAAGACCUGUGAGUCUGCACGUGUUGAUCCUGUGCCUUGCUUUGCUGUCAGUAGGGAUGACAUUUCACAGGCUGCAGAGGAAGGGACUCUGACACCAGCAGGAGCAGAGACUGCUCAGGCUGAGCACAAAAAUGGAUUGCUGCAAGAAGAGCAGGGCAGUGAAAAGCCAGUGUCAGAUGAGACAGGGACAGAAAGUGAUUUGGGACAAAAUCCCAUUGAAAGUGAUGGAAGCCAGAGUGAUCAGAGUAACACAGAGGAGCAUGAGUCCAGCCAAAAUGAUUUACACACAGGCCAGGCAAACAGCUUCAGUUCAGAAAGCAAUCAGGCAGGAAAGACUGAAGUGGUUGAUUGCACAGAACCAAUUCUACAGUUUCAAUCCACAUCAACGAUUUCUUCUGCAACUUGUCAGCAAAGCCCUGCUGAACUCAGCUGUGAAGUCACUAGGACAAAAAGUAGCAGAAGAGGAAGAAAAUGUGUAAAGGGGAAUGAAGAAGAAGCAGCCCAAACUGUUAGCACAGCUGCAGAGGCUCUGGAAGAACCUCUUGGGGAGAGUUGUGGCCUUACAGGUUUGUCUGAAACCCCUGAUGCCUUGCUGUGCUCUGAUACUGACAUUGAGGAGAACACCAGCUUGUGUGAGACUGAUAGGAAAGAGCAAUCUGCAGUGUUUGUGAAAAGUGACAGUGCAGAACUGCAGAGCAGAAAUUCAGAUUCCAAACCAAGACCUCGAGGUCCUCGAAAGCCUCGAAGGCGAGUGCAGAAAUUGCCAUCUUCAGAUGAAGAGUCCUGUGAGGAUGAGGAGUUACCCUGCUUCAGGACAUUGAUCUUCAGCAAAUCAGCAAGCACACCUUUGCAGGCUGAUAAACAAAUGGCACCUGAGGUGGAGUCUGCAGUGGCAGAGUGCCCAGGGAGCCCCAGUGUGAGUAAUGAUGGCAAUGUUCUGCAGAAAGUGCCAGAAGCUUCCCUGAGUCACGUGUGUGCUUCACCAAGCCAGGAGUCAGAAUGCUCUGUCAACUUAUUUUCUUCCCAGUCCAACAUGUCUGAGGAGUCACUUAAUGGAGCACAAGAACUGAACAAACAUUUGCCACAAGCUCAGGUGUCCAAACAAAUGAGCAGUGUAAAUGACAGUAAAGAAACUUCUGAGAAUUCUGGUGGAGGGCUGAAGGAAACCAAAUAUGAAAGCCAAGAAGACCCAGACAUGGGAGCAAACCUAGGUGAAGGAUGUGGGUCUGACAGUGAAAUAAGUAUUGUAGAAGAUUCCUGUGGAGCAUUCUCUCAGGGUGAAAUCCUCACCACACAGCAAAAGAAUGCAAUGCAAAAUAGCCUGAAAAAACUUCAGCAAGAGAUGGCUGCACUUGAAGCAGUGCUAAAGCAGAAUGGGAGCCAGAGCUGUGAAGUUUUACCUGUCCAGAGGGAGCUGCCCCAUUCCAGUACUGAAGGAGCAUCUGAAAUGGAACAAACAAGACCAGAAAACACCAGAUCUCCAGAAUUGCUGCUUUCAGCUUCUAAAUCCUCUUUAAGGAAGAGAUCAGAUCUGGAGAAAGGCCCUGAGUGUGACAGUGCUCUACAGAACAAAACUCCCUCAGAAAAGACAAAACCUGUGCAGGAACACAGGCAGGGCCAGCUUGAAGCAGAAAAUGCAGAGGAGCAGAAUUGUGGGACUGGACAAAACAGUGCAUCAGUCUCAUCAGAUCUUUUUGGGAAUGUGACCCAGAGUUCAGAUAAUUCUUCCUCCUCUGCAAUGCUUUUUAUCCCUCAAACUGCAGAAGCCACAGCUGGGCCUGUUGUGGCUCAGAGCACUGAGAAAAGCUCUGGGCCAGAACACAAAUUAAAAAAAAGUGAAUGUUUUCCUGUACCUGUUCUGCACAAUUCAACUGGGAAAGAAAAUGCUCCAAAUCCAGUGGGGACCAAGAGGAAAGAAAUGUCAAUUGUGGUCUCAGGUCUAAAUCACAGUGAGCAUUUGGUGGUCCAGAAGUUUGUGAAGAAAACUCAGAGCACUUUAUCUAAUCACAUAACUGAAGGAACAACCCAUGUCAUAAUGAAAACAGAUGAGGAGCUGGUGUGUGAACGGACCCUGAAGUAUUUCCUGGGCAUUGCAGGAGGAAAGUGGGUGGUUGGUUAUCAGUGGAUAAUUCAGUCUUUUAAAGCAGGAAGAGUACUGGAUGAGGAGAACUUUGAAGUCAGAGGAGAUGUAAUCAAUGGGAGGAACCAUCAAGGUCCCAAGAGGGCCAGACAGGCCCUGACUGAAAAGAUCUUUAAAGACUUUGAGAUCUGUUGCUGUGGACCCUUCACUGACAUGACUACAGAGCAUCUGGAGUGGAUGGUGGAGCUGUGUGGUGCCUCUGUGGUGAAGCAGCCUGACCAGUUCACAGCCACAGCAAGUUCUACUGCAGUUGUGGUUGUGCAGCCAGAUGCUUGGGAGGAAAACACGGAUUAUGGAGCAAUCCAGCAGCAGAGCAACGUUGCCCUGGUAACUCGGGAGUGGGUCCUGGACAGCGUGGCUUGCUACCAGUGCCAGGAGCUGAGAGCUUACCUCGUGUCCUGAGGGUGAACAGCAGCUCUUAAUAAUCAUAAAAUGACUAAAAUAUUACCCUCCAGAAGGUGCAAUUACCCACUGUUCUUUAAAGCUUUACAUUAGCUUAAAGGGCUGUGAGAUUGUAAAUGUUAAACCAAUUUUAAAAGUUAGAGAAUGUAGUGUGUGGCCUCCUCAGAGAAAUGUGAUAUAUUGUUUGCCACUGCAGCCAGUUUCUGUGUAAAUACUUGGGGACAGUCAUUUCCUCAAAAGAGGAAUAUUGGGCUCAGGGCUUCCAUUAAAACAUACCUGCACUCUGGAAUAACCUCCACAUUUUCAUUCUGCUUAAAUGCAAACCCUGGAUGCUA